CACGUGACGUCAACCAUCUCGUGACUGUGUAUAGCUGUGUGUGUGUGUAAAAGAUUCUAUAAAUAUACCCAACUACCCAGUCGCCAUUAGACAGGUAAAACAGGACUUCAAACAAGGCUAUUUGGGUGCGCGACUUCAAAAAUGGAGCAAGCUAAAAUGAACAGGGAGUCUCAGGACGGAGAUAUUGGCUGUUGUGGAUACAUUCUCAUGUUCUUCUCUAUCUGUGUGGUCGUCUUGUUUUUCCCAUUUUCACUCUGCAUGUCCAUCAAGGUGGUACAGGAAUAUGAGAGAGCUGUCAUCUUUAGACUGGGAAGAGUAGUGUCAGGAGGAGCCAAGGGGCCAGGUCUUUUCUUUGUGUACCCAUGCAUUGAUGAAUUCAAGAAGGUGGACAUGAGAACAAUAGCUUUUGAUGUACCUCCACAAGAGAUUUUGUCGAAGGAUUCGGUAACAGUGUCGGUGGAUGCUGUCAUCUACUGUAAUAUCUUUGAUGCGGUUAUGUCUGUGUGUAAUGUUGAGGACGCCUUCCAGUCUACCAAACUGCUGGCAGCCACCACUUUGAGGAACGUUCUCGGCACAAAGAAUAUGUCUGAGAUGUUGACGGACAGAGAUGCUAUUUCUUACCAGAUGAAGCAAAUUUUGGAUGAAUCCACUGAUCCUUGGGGAGUGAAGGUUGACCGUGUGGAAAUCAAAGAUGUACGACUUCCUCACCAGUUACAGAGGGCAAUGGCAGCAGAGGCAGAGGCAUCCCGUGAGGCCAGAGCCAAGGUAUUGGCUGCUGAAGGAGAACAAAAGGCAUCACGUGCCCUCAAGGAAGCUGCAGACAUAUUGUCAGAGGCUCCGGCUGCUGUCCAACUGCGUUAUCUUCAGACUCUUAAUACCAUUGCUGCAGAGAAAAAUUCCACCAUCAUAUUCCCUCUGCCCAUUGAUCUUAUUCAGUCAAUGACCAAGAAAUAAAUGCACUAAAAGAGGGGUCAGAGUUUUCUGACUUAAGGAAGGCGAUGAAAUAAUCUAAGUUAUGUCUUAAUCUUGUAGCCAGAAAGUUAAGCUAAAACAUAUUUUUAGCACACGAUGAAAUAAUAAUAAAAAAAAAAGGCCUCUUCGACAUGAGGAGUAAAAAAAAUGUUCACCAGAGAUCAUGCCCAAAAUUAUUCAUCAACCAACAGCAAAUUUAACUUUGAAGUUUUUAACAUACACAUUGAUCCUCUAAGUAAAUGUCUGAUAGCUUUAACCAUUUGAACAUUAUACAAAUGACUUUUAUAAAAUGCCAGUGGGAUAUUCAGAUAAUGAUGAUUGCUAUUGAGGUGAUUGAUAGAAUCUUUCCUUACCAUGAACAUACGGCUGAAAUUUCAAUCCAAGAGGUAAACAUCUUAUCUGCCCAACCCUCUGCUGGCUUUAUAAAAAAAAUUCAUUUAGAUCACUACCCAGCAGUUGAGGUUUCACUGGCAUUCCUUCAUGUUUGAGAUAUUUUGGGAAGAUUCUUGUGUUCCAUCAUUGAUAUCAGAAAUGCUUGUGAUUGACAUUUGUAAUUUAAUGGCUUUUGAAACUGAGUCAGGAGAUAAUUCCUGCGAAACAUUUUGUUUCUCUUUAUCGUGUUUUGAUGUGUGACCGGCCUACAAAGUGACUAGAUGAUAUUUACCGGCUACAUUUAAAAAACUUGUGAUAGAUUGAAGAAAACAUGCAUAAAUAGUAUCAUAUUACUGAUUAUCCAUUUCACCGAUUGCAAUCAGGAUGAUCUAAGAUCUAGAGUGAUUUAGUGAUGAUUGUAAAGUGCUAUUUAUUGAAGGUAUUUUUAUUUGACAUUGGUAAAAUUGCCUGUUCUCUUCUGAAACAUGUGUAAAAUACUUCUUACAUUCCUAUUGUAGUUAAAUCCAAAUUCAGGUAUAGUUUUUGCCAGUUUUCUGAUAUUAUUGGAAUCCGUUAUUUUCCUAUUAAGACUUUUUGGUAGAAUUUAGAAUAGGACCUUAUUUUAACAAUUAAUACACAUAAUCUUGUUUGUAUAUGUUUUUGUAUAUAUUUAAAUCACAUAAUUCCGAUCAUCCAGUAUAUAAGACUGGCUCAUUGGUUAAUCAUUUUGAUAAUCUUGUGUAGUGUUUCUAAAAAUACUGCCUACUGUUUAAGAUCAACAUUCUGAAAUUUUGUAUUUUUCUAACUACAGAUAUUUACCCGAUUAUGAAGCAUUACAGUAGAUCCUGAUAAAAAAAUUCCAUGUCACCUUACUUUAAUGAUUUUUCUCGAGUCAUAAUGUAUCAGUGGUGAUGUCCCUGUCUGUAGAACUAUGAUACACAUGUUAUAUAUUUGUAAGAGUUGUUGUAACUUGAUAUUUUGUUAUCACCAGAAUUUUAUUGAUGAUAAAUCCAUCCUGGUGUUAAAUUAGGUCUUGACAGUUGGUUGUGCGGAAUCCAUGUUGAAAAAUACCAAAGUUGCCUUGAGAAAUAUUGAUAUGCAUUUUGUUUUCCUUCAGAAUAAAAGAAAAUUGAGUUUACAUUACAAAAAUAUAACAAUUUAAAAUUCCUUUAGAAUGGAUAUGAAGUACACAAUUUUACUAGUUUAAGCAUAUCCUUUAACCAAAGAGCAGGGAAAAUACUUGGUGUAAGCUUUUCGAAUUUUUCCAAGCCAUUCAAGACAUCAAAGAUGAUGAGGCAAAUUUAGUUUAAAUUAAAUGAUAUAAACUUAUCUAUUUCAUACAAACAAGCUAAACCUUAUAUUGAUCUCUCUUGUUGGUUCUGAUUGAAGCAUGUGAUGGGUCUUAAGGGUCUAAAGGUGGGAGGAAAUGCGUACCCGAAGAAAAUCCAUGUGGUCGGGCAGAUGGCACCAUCCAUUUUCACAUCUGGAGAGUCGAACCGUAAAUGUCUAGGUUACAGCCAUAUGCUUUAUUUAACACUGCACCAUCCAUGUAUGUUUUACUUUAUAAGUGAAAUAAAUCGAGGACUGUUUCAAAAGAAUGUUAUAUUAACAUUAAUAAUAAACUUACUGUAUUCCAGCGUGCUGUGCAAACCAGGCUUCUUUUUUAUAAACAGUCCUGAACUUAUGUUGAUAUGAAGAUCAUUGAGUUGGUGUACAAUUACUUAUUUAAUUUUUCUAUCUUGGUGCAAGAAAUCAAAGAAUGGAGUACCAACAUCUAGAUUCUGUGGUUUAUUGUGUUAUUUACGUGUUUGUCUUGGCUAGCUGUCAAUAGAAUAAAACUAUUGAUACAUGUAAAGUAAGGUUAAAGGCACAACAGCAGUUUAUAAAGGGUAAAUUUCAAAUUAAAGUCAUCACUUCUUCUCUCCCAUCAUGUAGAGUAUGUUUCUCCAGAGAGUCUAUAAUUCCUUCCCUCAUUAACAAAUUAUCUUUUAUUUUCAUACUCUAGAGUAUUAUUCUGCAAAAUGCAUUACUAUAAAGUGAUGUGACCCAUUUCUGUGAAAUAUAACUAACAAAUAUCUCCUAAAGUUGGUAUUAUCUGAUAAUUAAUUUUGAUUUUGGGAAACUGAGACAAAAACAAUGGUAUUACAUGUAUAUAGACCUGAUUUUAUCUACUGUUCACACACGUGCAUACCUAGAAGUGUAACCACUUUGUGAUGAAUAUCUGUAUGCAUAUUGUUCUAACUAUAUGAUGUACUUGUGAUGUUUUAUAGUAGUUAAUCAUUGUCAA